AUGAAUGCAACUCAAUCUUUACAAGGAAAGGCGGUACCAGGGCAAGGCACAAAGAAGAAAUCUAGAGGAACUGGAAAGCUACAAAAACUAGGUGUGAGAAGGCCCUUUGUACCCCCAGGACCAAUAACAAGACUCUCAGCAGCCAAGAAUACAACUGGUCCUACCACCAGUUCUGAUAAAUCAAGAAUGUCCAACAAUAACAACAGCACAUCCGGUUUGAUGUCUUGCGACAAACUCGACAGAGUUGUCAGCUGGGUCGGCACCAACGUGGCUUCUGCUUUCUUUGCUUCCUUGGAACGUUGUUCUUGCAUCAACCUUAGCACCACCGACACCGAAGAUGACAACACCAAUGAUGAUCGUCCUCUCAUGCUUACCAAACCUGUUUCUCAUCUACCCUUUGAGAGUUCCACCGCAACUCUUUCGUCAAAAUCCGAGCUUCGUUCUUGA